CAGGUUGACAACGGUCUGCCGGUGCACAUCCGCGGCGGAAUCGUAGACAAGGUCCUCAUGGCCUUCACGUACGUUGUGUGUGGUCUCGGCCUCCUCGACUGCUGCAGGGUGUACUAUGUGCUCUCGUACCCGGCGGAGGAGAAGAAGUAGGGGAAGCAGGUGAAGGAGGAGGGAGGAGAGAUAAGGAGGGAGAAGGAGGAGGAGGGAGAAGGAGGGAGAAGGAGGAGGUGGAUAAUGGAGGAGAAGGUGGGAGGAGAGAUAAGGAGGAUAAGGAGGAAGGAGGAUUAGGAGGGAAGGGUAAAGGAGGUAGGAAGGAGGAAGUAGAAAGGAUUAUAAAGAAGAGGAAGAGAAGACCUAGGGAAGAGAGAUGACAUCGAGGAAGAGUCGGAAGAUAAAUAAGAAAUACGGUGGGAGGAAAGGAAGAAGAGAAGGAGGAAGAUAAUCCACCGCCUUCGUUUCCCCUCUAUUCUCCUUCUUUUCCCAAUUUGAACAAUCAAACAGCAUCUAAUCCCUUCAAUAUAUCCGUUUCUCCUUUAUCCAAUGCAACUUGAAACGUAAGCAAAACAAGCAAACAAACA